AUUCUUGUUUACUGGGAUAGAUAUGUAAAAGUUAUUUUCUUUAUUCUCUUCUUCCCCGUUCCUAUAGGUCCUAUCUGUAGUGCAUGUGUAUCUUCUUUUGGAGCAAGACCUGUGACAAUCUUCAGUGGCUUUAUAGUGGCUGGUGGCCUGGUGCUGAGCAGUUUUGCACCAAAUAUCUAUUUUCUGGUUUUUUCAUAUGGCAUUGUAGUUGGGCUUGGCUGUGGCUUAUUAUAUACUGCAACGGUAACCAUCACCUGUCAGUAUUUUGAUAAACGUAGAGGCCUUGCACUUGGUUUGGUUUCAACAGGUUCAAGUGUUGGACUUUUUAUAUAUGCAGCAUUACAAAGAGAACUUAUUGAGCUAUAUGGAGUGGAUGGAUGUUUGCUAAUAGUGGGUGCAUUAUCUCUAAAUAUACUACCAUGUGGCAGUCUAAUGAGACCUUUGAAGUUAUCUGCUUUACCUUUGCCAGAGAAGUCAGGCGUAGAAAAAGUUUCAGAUCAAUACUUGAUUUUCCAGAAGAAAGAACUUGUUGAAGAAAAUAUAAGCAUCCUUGAAAAGGGCUACAAUGAAGAAAAAUGUGUGAAUAAUAUGUCUUGUCAUGAUUGCAAACAGGAGAGCAUUUUAAAUAAGAAUGGAUUAAUAUCAUCAACAUAUACAAAAGAGACAGGCAUUUAUAAACAGAAAGUUGUAGAACAAACAUACUUUUGCAAACAGCUUGCCAAGAAGAAGUGGCAACUGUAUUUAAACUACUGGGAAGAAACACUGAUUCUUUUUAAAAACAAAGUAUUCUUAUCACUUUUUAUUGCAAUCUUACUUUUUGACAUUGGUGGAUUUCCCCCUUCACUGCUUAUGGAAGAUGUAGCAAGAAGUUCAAACAUUAGUGAAGAAGAAUAUGUUAUGCCUCUUAUCUCCAUUUUAGGGAUUAUGACUGCAAUUGGCAAACUUGUUUUAGGAGUACUGGCUGAUUUUAAAUGGAUUAAUACUUUAUACCUGUAUGUAAUUACAUUAAUAAUGUCUGGAGUGGCCUUGUUUGCAGUUCCAUUUGCCAAAACUUACAUUGUAUUUGCAAUACUUUCCGGAAUUUUAGGUUUUCUUACAGGGAAUUGGUCAAUUUUCCCAUAUGUAACCACAAAGAUUGUGGGAAUUGAGAAAUUGGCACACGCAUAUGGAAUAUUAAUGUUCUUUGCUGGACUUGGAAAUAGCCUUGGACCACCAGUUGUUGGUUGGUUUUAUGAUUGGACACAGACUUACGACAUUGCAUUCUGCUUUAGUGGGCUUUGUGUUCUGCUUGGUGGACUUCUUCUGUUGGUGGCAGCCCUGCCAUGCUGGGAAAAUUGUAAUGACCAGAAUAUAAAACCAUCUCCAAAUACUUACUCCUACACAGUUGCAUCUAGUGCUUAAAUGGCAACUGAAAAACACUUCAAUGCUUUUUUAUACUAUACAGCAAAAUAUUUUAGUAUUUUUCUACUUUAUUUAUGAAAUACAAAAAUUAUUUUAGAAAUAGUUGGGAAAAAUCCAAUCAUGUUUGAUAUUCUUUUUGUUUUAUUUUUUAAAAUAGUGGUCUUGCUUUUUCUACUGUUAGUGGGGUCUGUCUAUGCUGCAAUAAGAAACUUGCAGCACUGAGUCUUGGAGCCUGGGUCAGCUGGCUCAGGCUGGGGCUGCAGGCCUAAAUAUUACAUUGUAAACAUUUUUGGGAGUAGGUUGGAGUCUAGGCCCUUGGACCCUCCCCAAGUUGUGGGGUUUCAGAGCCCGGGCUUAAUCUGAGCCUGAACGUCCGUCUGCAUCGCAAAUGUUAGCCCUGCAGCCUAAGCCUCGCUAGCCUGUGUCAGCUGGCCUUGGCUAGCCCCACUUGUGCCAAGACUGCCCUAUUGUACAUGUACUCUGUGUCUUCAGCCUCUAUUAACUGUACCUUCCUUUCACCCAGUAGUGGGGAUCAUCUGCUGUAUGAUCAGUUAUAUAUUUUAGUUUUUAUGAAAACAAAUCUUUGUAGAAAUAUGGAAUAAAUUAAAAGUUUUUUUCUUUAUUGAAAAGGAUGGCACAAAUGACUCCCUUCAGAGGUUUCCAAUAGCUGUACAAUGAGAGGCUUAAAAAAAAAAAGGGAAAAUAUCCCUUAUUUUCUGGUAUGUAGUACAUUGGUGAACUAUUGGCUUUAUUUUCCUCAAGAUCAGCGUCUAGACUGGCGCUUUUUCCGGCAAAGCUUCGUGCCGAAAAAAAGUGGCAGCCAUUUUUAUGCUAAGGAAGUGGGGGAGAUUUAAAUCCCCGCUUCAUUAGCAAUUGCGAUACGCCUAAUUUACAUCCCUUUUACGAAAAAGGGAUGUAGUCUAGACGUAGCCCUAUUGUAUAACUGAAGUAAACCUUGUGGUAAACCUUGUCAACAUUCUGAACACCACUGCAAAGUAAGAUGCUAUGCUCCAAAUAUUUACAGCACGCGUUUUGAAGUUUGUUGAAAAAUUGUUGAACCAAAAUCUUUCAAACCAAAGGAAUAAAUGUGCUUGUUGA